AGCCAAAUCUGGCAUUGUAAACCAGUCAUUUCACACAUCUCACAUCUUUCUGGAGGAGGCUUCACAGCACAAAAUCGAGGCUUUUGGGGCUCCAUUACCAGUACUCAUCACAGAGGCUCUCACACUGUCAGACCGCAGUACCACAGAAGUGACAGCCUCCAUUGACCCCUCGGGCUGGGCAUGGCUUGUUGGUGGCCGCAAGUUGUUUGUGUGGCGGUACAAGGGCUCCGAGACACAAAAAAGUUCAAGGAAUAUUCAGUGUAAAGAGCUGAUCCUGCCAGCCAGUGAUUUGGCUCACAGUGCAGAGAGGGUCUGUGUCAUUCCCAGUGAACACCCUGGCCAACCGGCAGCCUGUGUGGCUGUAUCUCCUGAGGGGGUCGUGCGCUACUGGCCCAACAUUGCCUUUGAGUCAUCCACAGCAGAAAUAAGUGCGGAGCUCAAAGGGGAAGAAUGUGCAAGAGUCAUCCAUUUCCAGCCACAUGGAUGUCUGCUUGCGACAACAACCAGCUCGUUAUUGUUACUGCAGCCUACCACUGGACAGGCCAACAUUUCAUGCAAACCCUUGAAGUCAUCUCAAGGAAUUUUCUCUGGAAUUAGCCGCAGAAUGUCAUCCUUUAUAUUUGGAGCAUCUCAGAUGCAAACUAAUGGUGCACCCUUGCAGUCCAUCAUUGCCUCUCAUGAAGAUGAAUAUGAUGAUGAGGAUGAUGAAGAGAAUGAGGACAUGAGGUCUUUUUAUGUCUUAUCUGGAAAUCAUCUCAACAAAUGGCAAGUGCCCAGCGUUGGACCAGAAAAGCUCUUGUAUCAGGUGGAUGCUGACCGUCUCUUCAGGGAAGCUCUGGCAAAAAAAGUUUGGGAUCAAGACUCGGUGCAGCUACCACAACUAAACACCUGGCUCUUAGACCUGCAGCUCACCAGAGAGGGUGUGGUCAUGCUGGGGGCUGGAGUGAAUUUGGAAGCCUCUAACUCUGUAUAUUAUGCUCUAGCCUAUUUGGAGAGUUUCGAAGAUGCUCAGCCUGCCAGUGUGAGUGAUCUGACACUGUUGGAUUACACACAGCCCUAUACAGAGGAGAGUGAGGAGCAUCUCACCUGCUACAAGCUACUCUCUCCCUCAGACAAGUCCAGCCAGGUGUACAUUUACAGCCCAUCCUCCAUACUCAUGCUACAUGAUAAGAACUCUCUGGAUAAAAUGGAUUUGAAAACAUCAGGAGACAAAAUUUUGGGUGCAGGCUCUUGCGAUGGGACCGCAGUGUUUUUGUCCAACACCCAUGGUAUAUUUAGUGUUGCUCCGCGGCUGACUGAAGCAAGUGUGAUGGAUAUAUCCAACAACCAGGCCUCCAUGACCCGAGCGGAACUGUCCAGUGUGAUGGGCAGCCUCACCAAGAUGGCAAAAGCAUCUGCUGCUGAUGAUGUGGCCACAAAGCUGAAAGACGUCUUUAUUGCUUCUAUUGAUGGGGAUCAGGAGCAAGUUGCAAGUUUGGUGGAGGAGCUGUGCCUGGUGACGCGGCCGCAGCCUGGAGUUGAAGGGUCAGAGCUUGACCACACAGUGGCCACUGUGAGCCGAGACUUGAUCGAUGACUACCCUAGCGCUGACCCCAGAUGGGCAGAGGCCAAUAGAGAAGGGUCUGGUGGUGGUGCCUCUGUCAUCAUCCUGCAGCAGCUGAGGGACAAACAGAAAGCUCAUGACUUGUUUGUCCAGUUUCUUAAGACCUACGGCAUCUGGAAUCAGCUGGGUAUCGUGAACAUCCGAGAGUCUGUGAUGCCGACACGUCUGCUGUUGUGUGAGCAUGUGGAGAAACUGGAGGCUACCAUUGCUGUGCGAGAACUUCAUACACAGAAUCAGAAGUUGGUGGACACCUGUAUUCGUCGAGCUCUAAAGGCUCGGAAUGUGAAGGUGCCUGCUGCUCUGACAGCCCCAGAUGUGUUUUAUAGAGAGGUGUCUUCGGUUCCAGAGAUUACCCAGCUGCUACUAGACUAUGAGCAGGAGGAGUUGAGCAGUGACAGAGGCAGCAGCGCUGUUCUUCACUUGGUCAUGGCUGUCAACUCAAUACUUGAGGCAAUGUUACACCGUGCCCUCCAGUAUCGACAGUCUCAUGCAGAGAUGUACGCUGAUGACCGUGAGGAGAUUCCUGAGUACAUUCCCUGGACAGCCACUGCUAGCAUGAGAGAUGCCAUCAGGAAACAGAUUGCUUUGAGUUUUUCUGAUGGAGUGCGGGAGGCCCGAGAGCUGGAGGUGCAGGGUGUGCUGUACCAGAACAUUGUUGGUCUCUCCGACUUCCUCAUGGACGGCUACGCCAGUCAGCUCAGCUCUCUCCGCACCCAGACCGAUGCCCAGGACCGCUGCGACCAGCUUGAGCAGACCUUCCAGAAGGAGAGACACCAGCUCAUCUUGCCUCUGUUGGAGCAUAAACAAUAUGAGCGUGCAGCUUCCCUGGCAGAGAAGUUUGAGGAUUUUGAAAUGCUGAUGAAAAUUUGUGACGUGACGGACAACCAGGAGCGGCUACAGAGGUAUCGCAGGCAGUUCGCUGACAGGGGCUUUUGUCAGUUUGUUUUCAACUGGUACAUGCGGGAAGGGAAGCGAGGUCGCCUGCUGACAGAGCGAAUGGGUGAGGGUGAGGAGCUCAGCGACUUCCUCAAUGCAGACAAUGUGCGUUAUCUCAGCUGGCUGCACGAGGUUGGCAGAGGAAACUUUUUGGCUGCCCACAAUGCACUAUCCAGUUUGGCUGGCUCAGAAAGAAACUUUCUGUCCAAGAAAAAGACUUUGCUGAGCCUGAGUAAGCUGGCUGGCCUGGCUGCUGAGAAUGCUGAGGAGAGUAUACAGGACACCAUAGAGGCCAUCAACGAAGAGCUGGACUUGGUGCUUCAUCAGGAACAGUUGCCAAGUAAAACUGUUGAGAAUGUUGGUAUGGACCCUGAAAACAUGAGAGUCUUGUCUCCUGAGGAGCUGAUUAAGCUUUAUGUCAGUGAGAAGAAUGAAUUUGCCAAUGAACUGGAUGUGAAGAAGGCCCUGGAUCUUCUGCGCUAUGUGGAUAAGAGUCAUGGAAUGAAGGAGAGUGAGGAGCUGAAACUACACAUCUGGUGCAGGGCCAUCCUAAUGGACAGCUGGAGUGAUGCAAAUCAAGCUGAACCUUUGGAUUCAAAAAGAGAGAAGAUUUUCUUCAAGACUGUGGAUCUUGUAUACAUGGAAGGUGAGUUGGAGAACUUGCUGCCAGAUCUGGACAGUCUGCUGUCUUGUGCCGAGCUGCAGGAGCUCAGUCAACAGGCAAACUUCCGCUUCCUCAUGCGUGGUGGCUACGAGCAGAUCCAGAAUGCCUUGUCUGCUGCAAACUAAGUGUUGGAGGAGGACUUAUUGGGAAGGGUGGGGGGUGGCUUUAUUCUUUAUUGCCUAUUGUGGCCUGGGUGUCAACAGCUUCUGAGCACUGCCAUGUGUAAAUUAUAGACAAUAACAUUUCAUCUGUACAUAUGUAGGGAAGCCAGAGAAACUACAACCUGUACGUCUUUUUUAAAAGAGCUCCACAGAGUAAAUUGGCCUACCAUAAAAGACUGCACCUCUUAAUCCUCUACGGCAACAGAGGAAUAAAAAGUAAAGUAACAUUUGCUGUCACAAUUGUCACUCAUGUGUGGUGGAAGAAGACCUACUUGCUUAGGUUGUUGUUCGGUGUAGAGAUGUUGUGUUGCUGUAAUACUGACCGCUGAUAUCUAAGGGACCGCUCACAAAUGAUGUCAGCUAAAAUUUGGCCAAAAAUGACAACCCCCCCCCCCCCCCCCCCCCCCCCCC